AUGGGGAACUCCCAGACCAAGGAGUCGCGCACCUCCGCGCCGCGCCACCGGAGUCAACAAUGGUCGCCCAGUGCCUCCGAUACCUCCAGUCGAGUCGUGUACCAGGGACCUCGGUCGGGCAGAGGCAGCCGGCCUGAUCUGUCCCUGCUCGGCAUUGGCAGCAGCCGCCAUGAAACCGAUGUGGCCGUCCUCGAACAUCGCCGGGAAACUAAACAGGAACGUGAAGCGCGCCGGCUGGAGAAGGAACGGGUGUCUCGUGUCAAAGAGCGGGAGCGCAGUAUGAAGGAAGAACAUGUCGAUGGCGGUUAUCUAGUAACACAGGGUGUCUACGUGGGGACCGAGGACUUCAACAAAGCAGUUGUCCGGCAGUUGAUGAUUGAGCGCCGACUCGCUCCUUUCUGGAGAGGUCUGAAUGACUUCUCGGAGUCUUGGGCCGAACAUCAACUCAUGGCCGCCGCUCGGGGUAUGCCCAUCCCUCCACCAGACGAAAUCCCACCCGAGCUGGAGUACACACCACCCAAGGCGACGAACACAAAAGAGUCCGAUGCGGCCAAUAUUCAACAUCUCACAGUUCCCAUCACAUCCCGCUCGCAAUCCUUGAAUUCUGAUGUAUCACAAUCCUCCAAUCCUGUUCAAUCAUUACCGUCGGCGAUAUCCCCGAUCGCAUCGGGCACAUCGACAUCGCCGCUCUUCCGCACGCGGGCAAAGACUCUAGCCUCUCUCACUACCUCAAAGCAUGGCUCGCAGACUGAUUUGACCCCUCGGGAGCUGCAGCUUCCGCGAGACCCAUUCGUCAACGGACAGCCGAUUGAGGUGAACCUCUACAAGGACGCAAGCGAAUGCCCCAUUUGCUUCCUCUACUACCCGCCAUAUCUGAACCGAACACGAUGCUGCGACCAGCCGAUCUGCUCUGAAUGUUUCGUUCAGAUCAAGCGACCGGACCCUCACCCGCCAGAGCACGGAGAGCCAGACCCUAACGCUCCGGCGCCCACUGAGGGUGAACGAGUGGAACAGGAAGAAGGACAGCUCAUUUCCGAGGCCUCUGCCUGCCCUUUCUGUGUUCAGCCCGAGUUUGGAGUCACCUAUGCGCCGCCUACAUUUCGCCGCGGUUUGACAUACGCAGCCGACCCCAGUGGUCGUCCUUCUCCCAACAUCAAUUCCCCAGUAUCCUCCACUUCCUCCUUGGUCUCGUCGAACCUUGCUCCGGCAACUGGUCGUCGCCGUGCAACGUCGUUAUCCGCCACCGACCCGACUGUGGUCACCACGGAUAAAAUCCGUCCAGACUGGGCUCAGAAACUCGCUAAUGCACGAGCACACGCGGCGCGUCGCUCUGCGGCCGCCACUGCACUGCAUACUGCAGCCUACAUGAUGAACUCGGGAUCAGGUAGCGACUCUCGCGGCUUAGGGAUGGGACGACGUGGAUUGCGACGAGCCACUCAUGGAGACACCGGCCGGUCCGGGUCUCCCGCCCUCAAUGCGCUUGCGUUUUUGACCGAGCGGCCCGAUCGUACACCUCCGCGGGCGCCUGCGCCUGACGGCGAUUCUGCCGAGGAAGGCGCCGGCAACAUCGCGCCCCCACGCGACAGCUCGAGGCGCACUCGGAUCGAUGAUCUCGAAGAGAUGAUGAUGAUGGAGGCGAUUCGGUUGAGUCUGGCCAGUGAAGAGGAGCGGCGGAGAAGAGAGGAAAAGGAGGUGAGAAAGGAAGCCAAGCGACGGGAGAAAGAGGCCAAGAAGGCUGACAAGGUGGCUCGCAAGACCGGCUUGUACAGUAGCAAUGCCAGCAACAAUGUCAGCAGUGCGGCAUUGGAAGUCCCUGGCGACAUGUCUUCUCCCGGCAAGGUGGCCAGCAGUGCUUCUUCCACUGGCGAAGAGCCAUCUGCUGCGGGUAAAGGUAAAGCAGUAGAACGACAGUCGCCCCCGGCUACGACAGAUAGUGCUGGAGAUCCUGAUGCGGCGGCCGUUCCUGCAGACCAGUCCUUGACAGCCGAGCCCGCGCGACCAUCCCACCUCCGACAUGUCUCGAGUGCAUCCUCGUCUUUCUCCUCGGUCAUGGAAAACACCCCGGACGAGCGCCUUGGACAUGCCACCACGGAUGGCAGUAACACUUCGACCGAGCCAAUGUUCAACUUCCGCAGCCUUGCUGCUGUCAUUGGCGACGAAGAAAAGGGAAACGAGUCGGAGCAUGUCGAGGACACUUCGAACCAACCUCGCGAAGAGGGAUCGUCUAGUGCAACCCCCCUCGGUGCAUCAGCCUGCGCCUGA